AAUCGUGGCAGGGGGUCUUGGAAAAGCAGAGAGAAAUGACUUGCAAAUUUGAAGAAAUUAGUUGUAGGAAGUGUAUGGUUCUUUAAAGAAUUAAAUGCUAUUUGUAAUUUAACUAAAAUUUGAAAAGAUGAAACCUCUCUUGGAAAAGAUAACCAAAUAUUAAAAGUAGAGUGAAUAUAACUAGAGAAGAACGGAUGUUUUCUUGUGAAAGUUAAUAGGUGUAACUUAACGAAGUGGCAGGAAUCUGUAUGAGCACAACACACCCAGUUGGCAAACAGGGAGACCUAUUUGUUUAGCUGUAUGUAUAUAUGCUUAGUUACACCAAACUAAGUAAGCUGCAGAGUUAGAAAACUGAGACAACAUUAACAGAUGUGACUUCACUGCAAGACUUUUACUCCGAAUAGGAAGUCGUCCUGAACGAGGUUCCCAUGCUUGACGUUUGGAAGCAGUAUUGAUUGGGUGCAGAGGAAAUGGGACAAAAACCAUCGCAACCGUUGGCUCUGAACGAUAGCAAAGAGGCUCUCAGAGUCUGUGAGGUGGUCAGUGGAGCUAUAGCACACGCAGCUGAGAAGCUGAAGGAGUAUCUUGGAUUUGAAGACGCUCUGAGCAAUCUGUGCCCAGCUCCAAGCACUCUGAAUGAGAUCUUCUUAAUCCACUUUGUCACUUUCUGCCAAGAAAAGGGAGUUGAUGGAUGGCUCACCACCACCAAGAUGACCAAGCACCAGGCCUUACUGUUUGGGGUGGACUGGAUUUGGACCUUUUGGGGAUCCGAUAAGCAAAUAAGGCUUCAGCUGGCGGUACAGACUCUGCGGAUGUCUUCUCUUCCUCCUGUGGAAUCGAAGCCUUGUGAACUCUCCAAUCCAGAAUCCAGGGCAGAGGAGUCUUCUGGGAAGAGCAGGUUUGAUAAGCUGGAAGAAUUCUGUAACUUGAUAGGAGAGGAUUGUCUGGGCCUGUUUAUCAUCUUCGGUGUGCCAGGAAAGCCGAAAGACAUCAGAGGAGUUGUCCUGGACAGUGUCAAAAGUGAAAUGGCGAGGGGCCAUCUGCCAGGAAGGAAGGCUGUGGCACAAUUUGUCCAGGAAACUGAAGACUGUGUCUCUAUCAGGGAGCUGCUUGGAAACUGUCUGAGUAAGAAAGAUGGGCCGAGAGAGGUGGGCAAGGUUUACAUUAGCAUCCUCUGAACUGGAUUUGUGUGAUGAGACUGGACCGUAAGAUGAAAAGAAAAUGACAUUUUUACUCUAAUACACAAGCUUAUCCACUU